AUGAGUCUUCGUUAUAUCACCUUUCUGACUCUCCUGAGUCUGUCGAGCUUGGGACUAUGUGAGGACCCGGCCCGGCGUGCUUUCAGCCUCGAUAUAUACGCAGAGUGCGCACAAGGAUGCCUCGUUUCCGCUAUAUACGGCGGUCUUUGCCCUGCCACAGACCAGACGUGCAUGUGCACUGAUCCGACGUUCCAGUCCAAUGUAACCGUCUGCGUGAUCGCAUCUUGCUCAAUUCCGGAGUCUCUCACCACCAAGAAUACCACCGCUACCGCCUGCGGGGCCCCGGCUCGAGAUCGAUCGCGCGACCUAGUUAUAUUGUCUGAUACUCUGGUCAUCAUCACCGCCGUCAUGCUCGUUGCCCGCUUCGUCUUCAAACUCUUCGUCCUCAAAAUGGCCUUCAGCCCGGACGACUGGCUGGUUCUCGCCGCAGCCUUGUCCGCUGCGCCCACCGCCUCCAUCAUCGUCUAUGGCACCACAGCCAACGGCCUCGGUCGGGAUAUCUGGACGCUCACCGACGAGCAGAUCACAAAGGUGCUCAAGUAUUUUUACAUCACCACGUGCAUUUACUUCAUCACCACAACCCUCCUCAAGAUGACAUUUGUGGCCUUCUACAUGCGCAUCUUCCCGUCGCCCAACACCAGGCGUCUACUCUGGGCGAGCCAGAUCUUCAUCAUCAUCACCGGAGUCGUCUUCACGCUGGCCGGUAUCUUCCAGUGCAUACCGAUCAACAGCUUCUGGACCAGGUGGACGCACCCCGAGGACCGUCAGUGCAUCAACAUUAACGCUGUCGCCUGGAGCAACGCCGCCAUCAACAUCGCUCUCGACCUCUGGGUCCUAGGAAUCCCCAUGUGGGAGCUCCGUCGUCUCCAACUACACUGGAAGAAGAAAAUCGGCGUUGGAAUCAUGUUCAGUGUCGGAGCCUUCGUCACUAUCGUGAGCAUCAUCAGGCUUCAAUCCCUCAUCUCGUUUUCCCACACAUUCAACACGACAUGGGAAUUCUACAACGUGACAUUGUGGUCGACGCUCGAGGUCGGCGUUGGCGUUGCCUGCGCCUGCCUGCCAUCUUUGCGUCUCAUCAUCGUCAGGAUGUUCCCCGUCUUGGGCGGCUCCACGGACAACAAGACGCCCCAGUACUACCGACAGACUCCCAAAGCGGGGCGCUUGCAGUCGUCGACCCACAGUGGAAAGACCCAUAGCCACCUGGCCUCGGCCAACAGGGUCAACGACAGUAACGACCGCGACGUCAGCGACAUCGCCAUGGAGAUGAGAUACGGCAUCCAUUACACCGAGAAUGAUGAGAUGCACCUGGUGGACAUGGAGAAGAGCCAGUCGAACAACCGCAGCCACAUAGCCCCUGCGGACGGGCUCCCGGGGAACAACAAUGGCGACGACAUCUCAGAGGAGUUGGGACAGAGCCAGUCGGCCACUUCCAGCGGAAGUCAUGGAGAUGAUACUUCCACUAGGAGAGCCACCGGGAAGAACAAAUUCGACGGCACCCUGGGUACCAGCUCGAAGGCUACCCUUAACAACCACCAGCACGGCAGUGACGAGGCGGGCCAGAGUCGGUCAACCGGCCCCAAAGUCUGUCACGGCCACAGAGCCUCCGUCUCAAAAGCCCCCGGGGUUAGUAGCGGUGUCGACAAGUCAGGCAUCGUCAUACAGACAACGUAUGACAUCCAGUACAGCGACAACGACGAGGCGUGCUUGAUGGCGCAGUCUCAGCGCCCAGGAACAGCAAGCCCGGGGGGGGCGCCAGGAACGGCCAUCUAG